GCGGAAAGGAGGAGCCUUAUAUCGUUCAUCUCUGAUAGCAAACAUUACGCAAGCAUAAUCAGGUUAAAGUCAGCAGCAAUUUAAGCAGGUUGGCCACACAAGUUUUGAGCAAUGGCAGAUAAGGAGCUUGGCAGGGUGCGGUCAGACUUUGUGACGAGUGUGUCCAAAGCGGUUAUAAAGAUGCUGCUUGACGACCUCGUAGAAGAUGGUGUGCUGAAUGAUAUGGAGAGCGAGUCAAUACUUGAAGAGAAUGACAGCAGGGCUGAUAAGGCGCGCUGUCUCAUCGACAUUGUUAAGAAAAAAGGAGACCCAGCCAGCAGCAAGAUGAUCGUUCACCUUAAAAGUAGAGACUCUUCUCUUUACGAAAAGCUUGGUUUGUCUUGCAGUCAGCCUUCUCAGGCAGCCUCAGCUCCAGAUCCUCGGGAGCCACCAGAUUGGUCAGAUACACUGAUCCACACGACUGAGCAAUUCUGGAAGAUGAAAAUGGAUGAUAAAAGUAUUUACCAUGUGACCAAAGACGCCUUUAAAAAUCGCUUAGCUCUGCUGAUCACUAACAUGAAGUUUACUGAUGGGAAAUUCAAUAGAAAUGGAGCUGAGAAAGAUGAGGAGAACAUGAGGAAGCUGCUCUCUGCUCUGGGUUAUGAAGUGGUGAAAUACACAAAUCUCACAGGAAAGGCAAUUAAUAAGGCUCUAAUUGACUUCUCCAAACAUCCAAAACUCAAAGAUACAGACAGUGUGUUGGUGGUUAUAAUGUCUCACGGGAAGCUAGGAGCAGUCCUUGGUGUCGACUGCAAAGAACCCCUUUGUGAUAAUGAGGAACAAGAUGCGUAUGAGGUGAACAACAUUUACAAGCAGUUGAGCUCAGACAAGUGUCCUGCACUUCUGAACAAACCCAAGAUCAUCAUCAUCCAGGCCUGCAGAGGAGAGGAGAGAGGAGGUGUGCUUGUUAGUGACUGUGCAAAGCCAGAUCUGGUCUGUGAUGACGUGAAACAGCCAAGUCCAUCCCCAUGUGCUGAUGAAGAGGGCUUAGAAGACGACACUCUACGAUGUGUACACAAGGAAAAAGACUUCAUUUCUCUUCUCUCCUGCACUCCAGAUACUGUGUCAUAUAGAGACAGGAAUCAAGGGUCUAUCCUCAUACAGUACAUUGUUCAGGUUUUCAACACCUUUGCACAUCAAGACGACGUCGAGGAGCUCUUUAGAAAAGUGAUGCAACGCUUUGAAGACUUCAGUGUUCAAAACAGGAGACAGAUGCCAACAAAAGACAGAUGCACACUGACAAGACGCUUCUACUUCUUUCCAGGCCUCUGAGAUAUUUUUACAGUUAUUUAACUCAACUUUGCUGCCAUUUCAAUUGAUGUUUUUAGUGCUCAGAGUUAGGUCAUUUUAUCAUUUCCAAAGAACUACAAAGAGAUGCAAACCUAGAAGCAAAAAGAUGAUAUGAUCUCACAGUUAGACAAAAAUGGCCACAAUAAGAUGCAAAAUAGCUACAAACAGAUGGAAAAUACAAUGCUGAUAACAAUUUUAAAA